AUGGCUCCAGUUUCGGCGCUGGCCAAGUACAAGUUGGUGUUCUUGGGUGAUCAGUCGGUGGGCAAAACCAGUAUCAUCACCCGCUUCAUGUACGACAAAUUCGACACGACGUAUCAGGCUACCAUAGGAAUUGAUUUCCUCUCGAAGACAAUGUAUCUGGAAGACAGAACUGUUCGAUUGCAGCUCUGGGACACUGCAGGACAGGAACGGUUCAGGAGCCUCAUUCCGAGCUAUAUAAGGGAUUCAUCAGUGGCUGUCAUUGUUUAUGAUGUUGCAAGCAGACAGUCAUUUCUGAACACUUCUAAGUGGAUUGAAGAGGUCCGCACUGAACGGGGCAGCGAUGUUAUAAUUGUACUGGUCGGGAAUAAGACUGAUCUCGUCGACAAGAGGCAAGUCUCCAUAGAAGAAGGUGAGUCUAAAGCUCGCGAGAUGAACGUGAUGUUCAUCGAAACCAGCGCGAAGGCGGGCUUCAAUAUAAAACCACUGUUUCGAAAGAUUGCGGCAGCCCUUCCAGGGAUGGAGACACUUUCAUCAGCUAAGCAAGAAGAUAUGGUUGACGUGAACCUCAAGUCUUCGAACACAAAUGCGUCGCAGGCCCAAGCCCAGUCAGGAGGUUGUGCUUGUUGA